UAUGUGAAUGUGUGUAUGUUUCUGCCACUGCAACCGAUGUGCGUUUUUAAUUAAAAAAAACUCCAGCCAACAGAGAAAAUAAAUUAAAAAGAGCGGGGCGUUGGCUUACUUCAAAUCUCGACUUCAGUGACGACACUUUAAAAGGGGCGCGAGUGAAAGUUUCGCUGCAGACCUUAAUAAUCUUCGAUUUCUCGCCUUAAGCGGCUUUGUUCAAGGUCGUUGGCAGUCUUUGAAUAGACAGCGACGCGACAGAGAGGAGACGCAAGUCCACACAGUUAUCGUCGACAGUUUCGCGAAUCCAGAGACAAUGGCCAUUAGCUUUGAAAAGCACCGAACACAAAUUUUGGACGCCUGGAAGGAUGUUCUCGAUGACAAGAGCACUACGAAUUGGUCACUCUUUGGCUACGAGGGCCAAACGAAUGAGCUGAAACUAGUGGCCAAGGGAGACGGCGGUGUGGAAGAGCUGAGCGAAGACUUGAACAGUGGCAAAAUAAUGUAUGCCUUUGUGCGUAUUGAAGACCCCAAAACGGGUCUCAAUAAAUAUUUGCUGGUGAACUGGCAGGGCGAGGGCGCACCUGUGCUACGCAAAGGCACCUGUGCGAAUCAUAUUCAUGACGUCAGUAAAUUGCUUUCGGGUGCCCACCUGACGAUUAAUGCUCGCAACGAGGAUGACAUCGAUCUGGAGCGGCUGCUCAAGAAGCUGAGUACGGUUAGCUCGGCGUACAGCUUCAAGGAACCGCGCGGCAUGGUAGAUGAGCAGAAGGCGCCGGUUGGCACGAAUUAUACGCGAGUCAUUCCCACCAAGGAACUGAAUGCAAGCGUUAUGCAGGAUUUCUGGAAAAAAGAGGAGGCCGAGGAGAAGCGUCGCCUGGCCGCCGAGAAAGACGCCAAGCGCUUGGAGCUGCAGAAGCUGGAGCAAGAGCAGCGUGCACGCGAGGAGAAGGAGCAUAAGGAACGUGAAAAACUGGUCAUCAGCACAACAAAAUUGCAACCUGCCCAUGUACCCAUAAAAACCUCGCCACAACCUUUGAGUCCAGAGAAAACAUCCGCUACCUUUGCCAACAACCUGACGGAUGCGGAACGUAUGCGCCAGGCGCGGAACCAGGAGGCACGAGAGUUGAUUGGUUCGCGGGUGGGCGCUGCCAAAGCCAUGUUCACCAAGCACACCAGCGAGGGUCAGCUGCAAUCGAAACUUAACACACAGCCGCCGGCGAAGCCAGCACGGAAUUCCAUUGCACAGCGCAUCAAUGUGUUCAACAAUAGCGAUACUCAGGGCCCUGUUGCCUCAUCACCGCCCAGAUCCAUUACACCUAACAAGUCGCCAGUGCGGGCGCCAAUUGUAGUUGAAGCGCCUCCCGUUGUGGAGGCGCCGCCGGUGGUUGCGGCUGUUGUUACGAGUGAAGCUAUAAGCGAGGAGGAAGCACAGCCAACCGAGGAUCUACCGCUGGCUCAUGAGAGUGAACAGUUCUCCACGAUCAAGCGGUCACCGCAUAGUAAAUCAAAUUCAUUGCAAUCACAGUCACCCGAUGAGACGACAUCCUCGAACGAAACCGAUACGGCUGUCUACAAAAAGGACGAGGAGGAGGAAGAGGUGCGCACCAAAGUGUCGGUGACUGUGCAACAAUCGCAAUCGACAAAGACAUCAGGACUGAGCACACUGGAGCGCAAUACUUUAACGGAUUUGGUCAACGAGGAUGACUUCAUAUGUCAGGAGAGUUUGGGCGACUUGGGAUUGCGUGCGCGCGCUUUGUAUGACUAUCAGGCUGCUGAUGAAUCAGAGAUUACUUUCGAUCCAGGCGAUGUCAUCACGCACAUUGAUCAAAUCGAUGAAGGCUGGUGGCAGGGACUGGGUCCCGAUGGAACCUAUGGACUUUUUCCGGCAAACUAUGUCGAAAUCAUUAACUGAGCUGAACUGCAAUGGAUGGCAAAAAUGCAAAAAAUGGAGCGUAUCUAAUACGCCAACUGCAUGGCAGCUAUCAUACACUUUUUGCUAGAUAUCUACAACAAUAACAACAGCCAUAACUCUUAUAUAGCUGUACUUUAACGAUCAUAUAUCGGAACUACUUAAAUACACAAUAUAUAUCUACCUACAUAUAUAUAUAUGUUACAAUAUAAAAUGGCUGCCCAGUAAUAUCUUGAACAAUAAUGCAAUCCAUACACUAACUAAAACUAUAUACACAUACCUAAUAAGAUUUCAAAUUGCCUAGAAACGACUAUAACACAUGCACCCAUGCAACCAUGGUCAAUACCCGAUGGAUGACAUGGCUGCCUUCCAUUUUUAUCAAUCUACAUUCAUACUGAUUAUUAUACAUAUUAUAUUAUAUAUAUCUUAUUGUUAACCAUAAGAUAGAUUUCGAAAAAUGUAAAAUGUUGCGUCCUUUUUCAGAAAUAUUUCUUAAUGCACAUGCACACACUUUUGUAUUUGUAUUUUCAUAAAAUGUAUAAUGUUAUAAUGUCCCUAAGUGUGUAAGUCGCAAAAUCUUGAUGAUAAAUUCCAAAACAAAUGAUGCUCAGCAGUAUUGCAGCAGUUUUUUUUUUGUACGUGUAUUAUAUAUUGUGAACAAUAUCUACAUUUAUUUUAAUAAUUAGUAACAUAAAUAAU